CAUCGCAAUGUCGAAGUCGAAGAAGAAGAAACUGUUAGGAAGUGCGCUUCUGGAUAACUUCCUAGUUGUCAGGUUUUGAAGUCGGGUUAUUCAAAGACAAGUUAUUUACAAAAACAUGACCGCAACAUUACCAGAAAUCUCUUAAAACUGAGAUGACAGAAACGGACACUUUGGCUAACGACCUACAGCUCAUGACGACUAACUACAAACACUAAUUUAGCUCCCAGUGCUGCCUGCUAAUCCGGUUUUACCUUCUUGGUUGGUGAUGGAGAGGCUAAUAACAAAGCUUACAGAAAAACAUGUCCUUUUCACUGCUUCCUUCGCUUUACGACUGGCCUUGGUCGCUUAUGGAGACUACCAGGAUAGGACUAUGGAUGUGAAGUAUACUGACAUUGACUACCAUGUGUUUACAGAUGCUGCAAGAUUCAUUACUGAGGGGCAGUCACCGUACAACAGAUCAACCUACCGCUACACCCCUCUCCUAGCCUGGCUGCUCACCCCCAACAUCUACCUCAGCAUGGUGUUUGGCAAGAUCCUCUUUAUUGUGUGUGAUGUGCUGUCAGGACUGCUCAUCUACAGAAUCCUCCGCCUGAGAGGUCUGGGCUCUGAGACUGCACGUCGUGUUUGUUCCCUGUGGCUCCUCAACCCACUGCCCAUGGGAGUAUCCAGCCGAGGGAAUGCUGAGUCAAUCCUGGCAGCUCUGGUGCUGGGGACGUUACUCUGUAUGGAAGCCCGGCUUCUGACGUGGGCAGCCAUACUCUAUGGUCUGUCGGUCCAUAUGAAGAUCUACCCCAUUACAUAUGCUCUGCCCAUCGCUCUGUCCCUGCGCACAACGGUGACCAGAUCAGAGGAGGACAAAAAGGGGUGUAGGUGGAGGAGGUUCAUGCAGUUUACGGGAAGCUUCCUCAACAGGCAGCUUUUCCUCUUUGCAAGUGUGGCCGGAGGAAUGUUCUGUAUGCUCACAGCACUCUUCUAUUACAUGUAUGGGUGGGAGUUCCUUCAUGAGACCUACUUGUACCAUCUAACCAGAAGAGACAUCAGGCACAACUUCUCUCCAUACUUCUACAUGCUCUACCUCACCACAGACAGCAGGUGGAGCCAGUGGCUUGGCCUGGCAGCAUUCCUGCCACAGCUCGUCCUGCUGUUGGUAGCAUCAUGGGUCUUUCACUCCGACCUGGCCUUCUGCUGUUUCUUGCACACCGCCAUCUUUGUCUCUUUAAACAAAGUCUGCACUUCACAGUACUUCCUGUGGUACCUGUGUCUACUCCCUCUGGUCAUCCCUAACCUGAGUCUGUCACUGAAACGGGGAGUGGGACUACUGCUCCUCUGGUUUGCUGGACAGGUUAUAUGGUUGGGCCCAGCCUACUUCCUGGAGUUUGAAGGCUACAACACCUUCCUAUGGAUCUGGCUUGCUGGAUUGCUCUUCUUGAUCAUCAACUCCUCCAUCUUGAUUCAGAUAGUAGCACAUUAUAAGCCAACACAAACUCUACAGAGGCCGAAGGUUGAAUGACUUUCAUUUUACCUGAUGAUGAUGAUGAUGAUGUACUAUGGCUGUUAAAAUAAUAAUAAUAAUAAUAAUAAUAAUAAAAUAAAGUGUAUAUUUAUCUAA